AUGGGAUGGGGACCCUUCUCCAAAGCCGUCUCCACGGGGGUCCUGGCCACCCUCUGCAACCCACAGGACCUGGCUACGGGCACCUGCCACCACGUCCUUUGGGUCACCAGAGGGAAGACCAGGACAUGCAGUGGAGGAGAAAGGAAGGAGGUGUCAGGCUCUCCAAGGAGCGGCUUUCCUCAGCUCCUUCUUCUCUCCCUCACCCCAGAGCCGAGACCAUCGCUGUCCCUGAGCCCCAGCCACGAGGUGGCCCUGAGGGACAGGGUGACCCUGCAGUGCCACGUAGCCGGACACAACGGCAGGGCCACCCUGCACAAAGAAGGGGUCCCCCACCCGCUGCGGUACCGGGACGUGGUGCAGGGCGCAGCCGAGUUCCCCAUCCCAGCAGCCAGGCGGGAGGACGCUGGGAGAUACUGGUGCCGCCACGAGACGAAGGGUGGAAGGUCAGAGGAGAGCGAGCGUGUGGAGCUGGUGCUCAGAGAUCCCACGUACCCCCGGCCCCACAUCUCCCUGAGCCCCGGGGCGGUCGUGACGCGGGGCACCGGCUUGAGCAUCCGGUGCCGGGGCCCGCACGGGGCCACCUUCGUCCUGCACCGGGAGGGCAGCGCGGCCCCCGUGCGGCUCCAGACCCCCGGGGGCCACCAGGCCUCCUUCUCCACGGCCCACGCGAGCCGGGAGGACAGCGGCACCUACAGCUGCUCCUACCGCCCCCGAGGCGAGGCGGUCGCGUGGUCGUCUCGCAGCGUCUCCAUGGAGGUGCAGGUGGAGGAGGAGGACGAGGAGGAGGAGGAGGAGGAGUCGGGUUCAGCCUUCCUCCCAGCAUCCCAUGAUGCCACACAAGCGUGGCCAGUGCUGAUGGAGGCACCACCCAGACCGACCGUCGUGGGGACCUCCAGCCCCAGCACCACCAAGGGUGAAAAUCUGGGUGUGGAGGGAGAAACACCAGACCCUGUGGAGGACACUAUGGGUGGGGAGGUCAUGGAUUUCACAACGGGCAACGCCGUGCGCCUGGCGCUGGGCUCGGCUCUCCUGAUCCUGCUGAUGCUCCUCACGGGCAAGGCCCUGCACAACCACAGGCGGAGGGGACAAGGGCUCUAG